GAAAAGACGGAAGGCAUUAAGAGGAAUAAACAGUUAUGGCGAAGAAGGAAACGGGUCACGAAGCAGCGCCUCGAGAGGAAGGGGUUGGGACUUCCUUCCCCUGCGGAACCACUCCAUGCAGGCGACGUUUUCCUGGGGAGCUCGCUUCGUAGCAGCACCGGCGGCUUUCGUGGUGGCUUUCGGAGAUCGUGGUGCCGCCAGGCUUCCCCUGGCCAGCCCCGUGUGAGGGUGCCCGCCGUGCUUCUUCCCUCACCUUCUCUCUUAAGGUUAGGUCUACACACAGCCAUAAGACGGAACGGGACAAGAAGGUAUUGCUGGACUUUCCACUCUUUAAAAGUCAAAAGAGCUUCUGAAGUCAGUCGCUCGCCUUCUAUAAAGAGUUGGUCCAGACAGAAGGGAUCUCGCCAGAUGUUUGGAUAAACCUUUUAUCAUAACCAGGGAAGGGGGAAAUUCGGUUCCUUAGGCUGUUUAAAAUGAAAAAAUAGGGUACUACAAAAGUGACGAAUGCGUGGCCCGCUGAAGGAUUGCAGUUCUCGCCAGUCCUGGUCCAGAUACUAAAGUGUGCAGAGAUCCAGGAAAAGAUAACUUGGAUAUACAAAUGUUUCUGACUUCAACUUCCUUGCCUCUUUAGAUAAGCAACUAUGUAUCAACCAUGCUAACAUUUACAUGAGAUAACUUGCUAUGAGUAAUCCAAAGAGCAGCAACAUCUUAGAAGUCAAAUUUGUGGCAGAUGAAGAUGUCAUCAAGCACAUUUCUGAGGAUGCUGGUCAAAAAACACGGAAAAACAAAACUCCGCAUACACUUGAUGUUAAAAGAUGGAUGAAGAAAACAGAAGACAGCAAUGAUGAUGAGGCCCAAGAUAUUUUGGAAGAACAGAAUUAUGUGUCUGUCCUAGGGAUAGAUGUCCAAGGAUCUUUGAAGAAUGGCACUGCAGCAGGUGGUGGGGAUGUCUUCUCGUUUCAAACUCCAAAACGUUCCAACAAGAUGGCAGAAAUGGCCUCUGAGCUAGCUCAUCAGGCAGGAAGGAAUGUGAUACAUGACAAGUCGAAGAGUCUUGAUGCAGGAGUGGGUGUUUCAAAAAAUAGCAAAAAAUAUUCUACUUCAGGUAAAGGUGAAGCAGAGUGUAAAAAGAGUGAAUUUGUGUCAAAAACACCUUACAGACUCAGGAAGAGAAUUGCAGCUUUAAACAUGUGCUCUGACAGUGAAAGUGAUUAUUCUGCUUCCUGCUCUGAAGAAGAGGAGGAGGAGGAUAGUUGCAAAGAAGCUAUGGAGGGCACUCCUCAGUUUCAAAUCCCAAGCAGACCCCAAGCGUCUUCUGCACCCACCAAUAAAGCAACGCAGGCUAAGAGACCGAAGAGAGACAUUCCUAGCAAUUUAGUGGAGGAGUAUUUUGAGGCACAUAGCAGUUCCAAAGUUGUAACCUCUGACCGGACGCUUCAGAAGCUGGCGAAGAAAAAACUGGAUCAGGAAUCUCUACAAAACCUCUUGAACAAAGUACCUGUUGCAUUUGCUGCUGAACGUGAAGAGUUAAUAAAGCAACAUAAAAUGCUCUUUUAUAAAUGGAUGUUGCAGCUGCAAAGGGAAAUUACCACCUACAAAGGGGUUUCGAAAGUUUUAAUUUUGUGGUCAGUGGUUCUGUGCAACAGACGAAUACAUGAGAUGAAAUACAUCCAAGAUUGUACUUGCUUCAUGGGAUUCAAUAUUGUCCUAUAUGGCUUGGGAUCAAAGAGAGACUUGUUGGAGGAUUUUCGGAUUUCUUUCCUUCAGGAUUCUAUUCAUAUCGUUGUGAAUGGGUUCUUUCCCAGCAUUACUGUGAAAUCGAUUCUGAAUUCUGUAACUGAGGAAGUGCUGGAUCAUGUGGGUGCUUUUCGCAGUCCCCAGGAUCAGUUGGACUGGAUCAUGAAAAAAUUUAGAGAAGAUCCCCUCUUGGAGCUCUAUUUGCUUAUCCAUAACUUGGACAGCCAGAUGCUGCGAGGAGAAAAAAGCCAGCAAAUCAUAGGGCAAUUGUCGUCCCUUCCCAACAUCUACCUCAUAGCUUCUAUUGAUCACAUUAAUGCACCACUCAUGUGGGAUCAGGCAAAGCAAAGCAUGUACAAUUGGUUGUGGUAUGAAACAACCACAUACAGUCCUUAUGUAGAAGAAACGUCUUAUGAGAACUCACUCUUGGUACAACAGUCUGGAUCUUUGGCUUUAAGCUCCCUCACACAUGUGCUACGUAGUCUCACUCCAAAUGCAAGAGGGAUUUUCAGACUUUUGGCAGAGUAUCAGUUAGAGAAUAAAGACAACCCCUCAUGCCCAGGGCUUUCCUUCCAUGACUUCUACCAACAGUGCCGGGAGGCCUUUCUGGUCAAUAGUGACCUAACUCUUAGAGCGCAGCUCACAGAAUUCAGGGAUCACAAGCUUAUUCGGACCAAGAAGGGUGCUGAUGGAGUGGAAUAUUUAUUUAUUCCUGUGGAUACUGGAACGCUGACUGACUUUUUGCAGAAAGAUAGUGAAGUGUGAAAGCUCGCAGACAUCCCACGGCAAUGUUCUUGAUUGUUACCAGAAUACCUCCCACAGUGUACCCAGUUUCCAGAUCUCAGGAGUCUGAUUUAUCUGUAAUUACGCAGUAAUCAAAACCGUAUUUUAGGUCUGUCUGGAUCUUCUCAGGUUCCCUGUUUGUAUGAGGCCUUCCUGCUGUCUAUUACAUUAGAGAUUAAAAUGUUACCUACUGAUA